AAACCAUUCGUUUGUCAAUCAUCGAAGAGAAAAGAGCGCAACCGAUCGAUCGAUCGCACGGAAAGCAAAAACCCUUUUUUUGUUUGUUCAAAUCUACAAAACAACAACGGUCGGUGCUGUGAAAGAAAGAAAAUUGAUUAUACGGUGGAAAAAUGCUCAAGUAAAGCAAAUCAGUGAAUCAGUGAACUUGCCCGAUCGAGUCGUUGCUCCGCAACCGAUCAUUAUUGGCCGAUUUUUUUUUGUCUUUAUUCAUUCGGUUGAAUUGAUUUGUGCGUGAAAUAGUGGAAAAUUGAUUAAAUGUGAACGAAUUAAGCACGCAGGAACAGAAAACAUUGCGUCGAAUCAUACAACGGAACACAUAAUUUGCGAACACAAUGAUUGCAUGACAACCGAUUAGAAGAAUUUUUUUUGGGAGAAAAAAGUAGCGUGCAAAAUCAGUGUGAAUUGAACAAUAAUAAAGUUAUUCAAAUCGUAAUCAAUAGACGGAAAAACGCAAUUAUAAUCAAUCGACGAAGAGAAGAAAAAAACUGGUUUCUUCAAAUUGAUCGUUGAAUUCGGAGAUGCGCUGUGACUAUUUAAUUUUCCAAUGGAUUACUUAAGAACACGAAUGGAGACGAAAAAUUCAAUGUUGACUUUAGUUGUGAUUUUUGCACUUGUUGUGCCAGCCAUUGUUGGCUUUGGAUUUGAUGCAGGUACGGCAUGCAACAAUGAGAAAACGGCUCGUCGCGGUCGUGCUCAGCUGCUCAAAUCGAUCCCAUGUGAUUUGUCAUCGCAAGCAUAUUGUAAUCUGCCAGGCACAAUGUAUCCAUGGCACGCGGUGCGACGCUUUGUGAACGAGAAUCAAGGAAUGAUGAAACGAAUGUACGGCGAUGUGCGUCAUAUAUCCGUGCUACGAAAUGAAAUCAACAAUAAUGACAUCACACUGGAAGAUGUGGAAGAGACGGCCGUUCGAUAUUCACGCGCUGGAUGGAAACGCAACAAGUAUUUGUAUCAGGAAUCAUCAAAAUCGAAAAACAGUGACUUAUUAUCGGAAUCGCACUAUCGACGUGCGUCAACUGCUCGUAGCACUACGAGUCGAUCAACACAACGUUCACGUAGUCGAACGACACAAAUACCGAGCUCAGUUCCAUCAUCAACUGUCGAAACUUCAGCGCCAAGCUCAACACUUGCAUCAAUAACCGAAUCAACACCAACCAAAAGGUCAAAACCAACCGAACGCAAAGUGUCCAGCGCGAAAUUAACACGGAAACCGGAGAGUUCAAAAGAAAAAAGCGAUGACGAUCCAUACGAAGAAGUUAUCGAAGCAGCAAUUGAAGAGAUUUUCGAUCAAUUUGGUAACGAAAACGCAAACAUUGCAAAUAAAAGGGUAUUUUCAAAUGUUAGCGAUGCCGAGGAUAUGGCCACCGAACUUAGAAACGAACCAAAUGAUAAUAUCGAAAUUGUUGGUGCACCUAAUUUAUCGGACAAAGCCAAUAAAUCAGAAGUUGCAGCCACAAUUUCAACCACAUUGAGAAUUUAUGGAUAUACGAAAGAAGAACGAACUACAACCGCAGCACCGUUGAAUACAACAAUCGAAAAUGUUACGGCCGAAAAUCGAACGGAAAGCUUGUUUUUGAAACAGAAUAACACAACACCAGCCAGUCAAGUCGAUGAAAAUUUAAUACAUUUUGAAGUUGACUCAAGCGAAUUAGAUCCAGCAAGCGUUGCCAUCGAUGAAGAUUCAACAUCAGCUGAGUCGAUCAAUACAGAAAGCAUUGUUGAUAUCGAUGGAAAUACGAAGCCAGACAAAGAUACAAAACCCGAUGAAAAUAUCAUCGGUCAGCUGUAUCAAGAUGUGGCUCAGAAAGAAGAACCAGUUUUGAUCAACUCGAAAGGAGUAAAUGCUUGUCCAGUGAAAGAAGAAGUGGUAGCUCCAUUUUGGGCCAAUAACACUCGAGGCGAAGUAUUGGCUCUACUCAAUCUGUAUCCGUUUGAACAGUACGUGCAUUGGGAGAAAUGCACACAGGAACAUAAGCAGAUGUAUUGCCGCGAUGGAUGUCGCUGUGAGCAACAAUACCGUCUUCAUCGUCUCUUAGCCUAUGAUCCGCACAAUGAAUGUCGUGGUAUCUUCUCCGAUUGGUUUCGUUUUCCAUCCUGUUGCAUUUGCAAAUGCUACAACAUUCCAUUUGAAUACCGAGUGACAUCGCGCAGUCCGCGAUCAAUGGGGAAAUACUACAAAAAUGGCGACGACGAAGCAAAUGCAGAAGAGAGAAUGGAUGUGGAAGUGCUGGAUGACGAAGAAAAUGAGUACAACCAUUCCAACAGUGACUGGUUCCAUAAAAAGAGCCAUUUCAGCGACGACUUCUCCGAAAUGUUCAACGAGAACAUGGAAUUUUAAAAAUUAGGAAACAAUUUGUAAAUAAGUGAACAAUCUACAAUUAAAAUCAAUAAUAAUAUUUAAAUCCAUUUUAGAAACUCAUUCAUCGCUCAU